AUGAGAUUAGAACUACAAAGGCAACAAUCAUUAUUAUAUGAUAAUACUACUUUUCAACCAGAAUUACAAUUACUAUUUUCUUUAAAACCAGGUGCAGAUAGAAGACGAUACAAUUUUCAACGGGUUAAUGAAGUUGCUGCAAUAUUUUCUACUACAGCAGAUGGUGAAAUUCCAGAAUCAUACGUUACAAUUAAAAAUAAAAAUACAAAAAGUUUACAAUACGUUAGUACUAUGGAUCCUAAUGUAGAACCCUGGAUAUAUCCUUUAUUUUAUCCUUACGGUACUCAAGGAUGGCACAAAAAUUUAACACGCACAUCGAAUAGCCAUACGACCAAAUAUGAAUUUAAUCCAUUCAUAAGAGGUGGUAGAUUAUUUCAACAGUGGAUAGUCGAUAGUUACGUGAAAGUUGAAAAAGAUCAUAUCCAAUAUUGUAAAGAUCAUCAAAAAGAAUUACGAGCUGAUACUUAUAAAGGUCUUAGUGAUUUUAUGCAAAAUACAGCUGUUCAAGUUGGUGGGCAAGUUGGCAAAACUGUUGUUCUUCGUUCAACUUUUAUUGGAUCGCCACGUUACAUGCAACAAUGUUAUCAAGAUGCUAUGGCAAUCGUAAAUGAAAAAGGAAAAUCUGAUGUUUUUGUUACAAUGACACGUAACCCCAAUUGGGCUGAAAUUAAAGAAAAUCUUUUACCUGGUCAACAAGCUUCAGAUAGACCAGACAUUGUAGCAAGAGUAUUUCAUUUAAAAAAAGAUCGACUACUUGAUUUAAUCACUAAAAAAAAUUUUUUUGGUCAAAUUGCUGCUUAUGUUUACGUUAUAGAAUUUCAAAAAAGAGGUUUGCCACAUAUGCAUUUAUUGAUAACUUUAAAAAGUGGAUUUAAAUGGACUACUCCUGAUAUUGUUGAUAAAUAUAUAUCAGCUAAAUUUCCCAAUAAAUCAAAUAAUCAACGAUUAUAUGAUAUUAUACUAAAGCAUAUGGUACAUGGACCUUGCGGUGACUGGUGUACGGAAAACGGAAAAUGUUCUAAAAAUUUUCCUAAGAAUUUUCAAAAGGAAACUACUAUGGAUGAAAAUGGUUACCCAAAUUAUCGCCGAACAGAUGAUGGCAUUAUUCACGAACGCUUUAAUGGUCAUCAAGUUAACAAUAGAUGGGUAGUGCCUCAUUGUCGAGAAAUAUCAGAAAUGUUCGAUUGUCAUAUAAACGUAGAAGCAGUAUCAAGUAUUUUAGCUGUAAAAUAUUUAUAUAAAUAUAUAUACAAAGGUCAUGAUGCUGCUACAGUCAUUAUUCAAGAUUCUGAACAAGUAUUACCUGUGCAUUUACCUAAUAAUCAUUCUAUCAUAAUUUCUGACAAUGUCAACGAUCCCUUGACAUUAGAAAAUCUAUUAAAUAGUACAAGUAGUAUGUUGCUCGAUUAUUUUAAAUUAAAUAGCGAAAAUGAGAUAGCAAGACAAUAUUUUUAUGCUGAAAUUCCAAAACAUUUUACACAUAAAAAACAAAAAAAUGAAAACAUAUGUUUAGAUAAGUGGAGUACACGAAAAAAACAUUUUAAUGUUAUUGGACGUAUGUAUUCUGUCAGUCCAACGCAAAUUGAAUUAUUUCACUUAAGAUUAUUACUAUUACAUGUUAAAGGAGCCGUAAGUUUUGAAAGUCUGAGAACUGUUGAUAACGUAGCACAUCCUACUUUUACAGCAGCUUGCCUAGCAUUGGGUCUUAUUGAAAAUGACGAUGAAUGGAAACACGCAUUGGAAGAAGGAUCAAAAUGGAUGAUGCCUCAAAGACUUCGUUAUUUAUUUGUACGAAUUAUGGUACAUUGUCAACCACUUAACCCAGAAGAAUUGUGGAAUCAAUUUAAAAAUCCAAUGUCUGAAGAUUUUUCUCGAUAUUACGAAGAAAGCAUAAGCCACAAAAUGGCAUAUUUUCAUAUUAACACCUUCCCUGCUAAAAAUGGCCCAUUGAUUCUGAUUAAAAUUGAUUAA